GGGUAAUGUGUAGCUGUGUUGCCGCUGUGUUUACAUGUGAGAUACCUUGUUCCCUGAGCCACUUGUCUGUCAUCCGGGCCACUGUGUGUUCAGGUCUGUCCUAAACAGGCAACAUCUGUGGAAUGGAGACCCCAGCCACGCAUGAUGAAGCAGAGCUGGCAUUCAGAGUAUACAAGAUGCUGGAUGGGAAUGAGGCCUUCUGCAACGUUUCUGAGUUUCAUGUUAUGCCCGUACUGGGAGAAGAUGGCACAAUUGUUGGCGUGCAAGUCACUGGUGUCCAGCGAGAAGGCGAAAGUGAGAGCUGCACCCUGCACACUCAGGUGUUUGACAUACAUGAACUAGGGGACACUCUGCACUUUCAGGAUGGACCCCAGGACCAGGAGAGCAUGGAGCCAUCUAUCGACAUUACUAAUGAACAGCCUGUGUCUCCUAAGCAAAGCCAGGACGUAGCCCAAGAGACUCCUCCCCCUGACACAUGUACUGAACCUCAAGAAACAGAGCCAGAACAGCCCACCUCAGAGCUGCCUGUGACCAAAGAUUACACUGUGAUGAGGGAGAAAUACAACUGUGGAGAAUGUAAGUUCAGCUCCUCUAACCUGGCUGCAUUGAGGAGACAUAUGCGGAGACAUUCAGACAAAAACAAAUGCAAAUUAUGUGAAAAAACUUUUGCUUCUACAACAGAACUGCGGCUACACGUCAAUGUUCAUCUGGGGAUUAAACCUCAUAAGUGCAGUGAGUGCGACAUGUCAUACGGGACGACUGCAGAUCUCCUGAGACACACUAAAUCUGUGCACCGUCUUGAGAAGCCUUUCCGCUGCUGCUACUGUGAUUAUAAAAGUGUUGAGGUGAGCAGGAUGAAAAUACACAUUCGUUCACAUACAGGCGAGCGUCCCUUCUCCUGCCAACAGUGCUCUUUUGCCACAACUGAUGCCUUCAAACUGAGGAGACACAUAAGGUCGCACACAGGUGAGAAGCCAUACUCAUGUAACAUUUGUCAGGCCAAGUUUACACAGAGAGCCAGUAUGAAGCAGCACAUUUUAAGAAAACAUACAGAGAAUUUACCCAAGGAACAUUGUCCCAUCUGCAAUGCUGCUCUGUUUGGCAAACAUGACGUACAGGUACACAUCCGCAAGCAGCACUCAUACCUAGAGACCCCAGUGAAGUGUCGCUUCUGUCCUGAGACUUUCCAUGAGCGCUAUAUUCUCCGGCAGCAUCAGCUGAGCCACAGGAGUGAAAAGCAAGGAGGGAACAGACCUGGAAAUCAAUGUCUGAAGGCUAGGACCAAGAAGGGUGAUGCAUUCAGUAUAGAUGGAAAAGAUGUAGAGCUUGGACAAAAAGAAAAUUGUUUAACCUGGAAUAUUCUCCCCACCGGCGAGGAAACACAGAUGUUUAUCAGUCUUGAUGGGACUGAGCAGCCUGGCACAGUGACUGAGCUCCACAGCAUCCCUAUGCAGGCAGAGGAUGGCACCAUCGUGCAGGCAUUAGUGGUGCAGAGCACAGAGCAUAUGACGGCUGCAGAGCUGCAUGCUCAGGUGUAUGAGCUGCAGGAUUUGGGGGAGGUUCUGCAGCCACUGAUGGAACAGAACUCCUCCUCCGAGUCCAUAGUCAUUGCUGUAAAUGACACCCUGGAUCAGAGUAUACUGAAUGGACCUGAGCAGGCAGUGAACCAAAACAGUGACCCACAGGGAACAGCGUGUUAUCUAUCAUCCCUGGCCAGAAGGGGACAGAGGCUUCAGCUGAUUAACCCUGAGGAUCAGAUUGAGGUGAAGCUUCAUCGGUGUAAGGAGUGUGACAAGUCGUUCUCCACCGGCCUGGAGCUUAUGAAGCAUAAAAAGUCACAUAAAGAAGAAAAUUUGUUCAAGUGCCCAUUCUGUGAACACGAGACCAAUGAGGCUGAAGAGUUGAUCACUCAUGUCCAAAUGCACUGUGAAGACCGACCCUUCCAUUGUGAUGAAUGCGACUAUUCCACCACAGACUCCUUCAAGCUGACUAGACACAAGAGGACACACACGGGUGAGCGCCCAUUCUCAUGCUCUGUGUGUCAUAUUAAGUUUACCCAGAAGUCCACUAUGGAAAUGCAUGUUCUGCGGAAACACACAAAAGAGCUGCCAAAGCUUCAAUGUCCCCUGUGUGACACUGUCUUGACGGGGGAGGUCGGCCUAAAAAUUCACAUUCGCAAGCAGCACUCCCAGACAGAGAAGGAGCUGAAGUGUCGUUUCUGCCCAUCCACGUUUCACGAGCGCUUCCUCCUCCGUCAGCACCAAAAAAUCCACCAGAAAGAGAAGACUGCCAGAUCAAAUGUGUCCAGGGUCAAAAGAAAAAUAGUGAUGAGGAAUAGCAAUAAGCUGAGUCUGCUGGAUGGUGAGAAGAGCCCGGGGCCCCAGGAAGAGGAAUUUACCUGGCAGGUGGUCCCUGCAGAACAGGAGGCAGAAAUCCACCUACUUCUCAGUGGUUCAGCGGAGAUUGAUGCAGUGUCUGAGUAUCACGUCCUCCCAGUGCAGACAGAGGACGGCAGUAUUAUUGGAAUACCGGUGGCAGGGCUGCAGGAGGUGGAGCAAGUAGAUGCGUGCACCAUCCACACACAAGUGAUUUUGGGGAAGGAUGUCUGAUGAAUAAGGAGAAGUGUGAAAACUACCAAAGUCUGGGGGCAUCUUAAGCCCCGGAGGGGUCAGCAGGCCUGGCACCUGUCAGUGAUGGCAUUUCUAGAUACCUCAGCUGUGUACAUGGUUCUUCUGAGAGGGGACAGCAUUACUUGUUGUCUAUUUGCAUCCUUGACUGAACCAAGGAGAAGUUACUGGUACGGCUCUGCACCAUAACAAAACAUAAGCAUUAUUGGUUUGGGUGUCCAACACCUGGUUAUACUGGACCUAAGAGAGUUAUCUGCUGUGCACAGGAUAGGUGAUAAGUAUAUCUCUGUGGGAAUUCCAAAUAUAGCUCAGUUUAGUAAUUUGCAAUAUUCAGAAGCCCCAUAGAAAGGGAAUGGAGCAGUGGACAAUUACUCUUAAGACAAUCUUUUUUUUUGCUGCUAUGUGAUAAUGUAUGUAUAAUGAAUCGGUCUGAAGUCCACAGCCUGCAAACACAGGAUGGGUUCUCUGCCUGUGUUUGUAAAAAUAAAUUAAUACACCUCAAAGCAAGACAGAGUUUGGCACCGUCACCUCUCAU